AUGGCACAUUCCUUUGAUAACGUCAGACCGUCUCGACGGACUGGUCAGUUUGGUUCAGUUCGGCGUAUAAAGUAGCCCACUUGAGAUCGCACACAGAUUAAAAUUGAAAAGGAACGCCUCUCACGUCGUUAUGACCAAUCUCUGUGGUCUUGACGGGCACAGAGCGAGCUCGUAAGAAUUAAAAUUCCACGCGUCAAAACAAAGCGGAGUGCCACCGCGUUAAGGCUGUAGAUUAAGGCUCGGGUUGGACGUUCUGGUCGCGCGAUUACGUGCUGGCGAUUGUGGUGGUUGUGCGUAUUUGGUGAAGGGGUGAUAGUCAUGGUGUUGUUGUCAUCGGAUAGGUGAUGGAAGACAAUUGCACGAUGAGGCCAUGCGCCACGGACUUUAGCAUUGCUGCGAUUAUGUCAAGGCACGGACGCGGUGCGAGGACUAGGUGCAGAGAACGCGAUCCGCCGGAUAACAUCAGCCCGCUGGAAAAAUUCGUGGAGAGCUCUGCCACCUCCGUAUCCUCCACGCCCGAACCCGUGGGCCUCGACUGCACCGUGGUGAGUCCCGCGGACACCGGGAGUGGUCGAGAAUCCCCCGUAGAUGUGUCCUCCACCUCCGAGAAUGGGGUAAGCAGCCCCCACCUCAGCGAGUCCAGGUCCGCGGCCGCAAAAAACCCCCAGCUCCAGGAGAUCUGCUCCAGCGAGGAGCUGAGGAACGUCACCUGCCACCUGGAGACCAAAGACCUCUGGGACAAGUUCAACGAGCUGGGUACCGAGAUGAUAAUCACUAAGACUGGGAGGAGGAUGUUUCCAACAGUACGGGUUUCUUUCACCGGCAUAAGGCCUGACCAGAGGUACGCGGUGAUCCUCGACAUAGUUCCUGUAGAUAAUAAAAGAUAUCGGUACGCUUACCAUAGAUCAUCAUGGUUGGUAGCUGGAAAAGCUGACCCACCAGCCCCAUGUAGAAAAUAUGCCCAUCCCGACUCUCCUUACACUGGAGAACAGCUCAGAAAACAAGUGGUGUCCUUUGAGAAGGUGAAAUUAACGAAUAACGAGAUGGACAAACAUGGACACUUGGUCCUGAAUUCAAUGCACAAAUAUCAACCGAGAGUGCAUAUAGUUAUAAGACCUGAAGGAGCUCCUGGCAACGUUGUCGACUUGGAAAACGAGGCUUACAAGACUUUCAUUUUCCCCGAAACAGUUUUUACAGCAGUUACGGCAUAUCAGAAUCAGUUGAUCACCAAGCUGAAGAUAGACAGCAACCCCUUCGCCAAAGGCUUCCGUGACUCAUCCAGACUCACCGAAUUCGAAAGUAGUUUCGUUUCCAGGGAAACCAUGGAGUCCAUGUUGGCCGAACAGCACUAUCUACGAUCUCCACUUCGUCCCUUCGCUGACUUGGAUACGCACAACAACAACCUAUCCUACGAAGAAAAAGCGUUGUUAGCAGCUAGAUCUCAACUCUUCCUAAGAGCUGCAGCAGCCGCUGCUUCUCCUUAUGGUUCCUUAAUGGGUGGCUUGUAUGGUGCUGGUGGGUCACAACCGUCUCCAAUGCCUCCUGGUGUGUUGUGGAAUCAGUGGGCUUGUCUUGGGCCAUCUUUAUUGGCUGCGCAGCAUCAGAACCAGCUGAACAUCUUGGCGGCGGCCAGCAGUUCAGGGAUGACAUCUCCUAUAUCUCCCAUAGCUAGACCUUUAGCUCAGCAUAGAUACUCACCGUAUGCGCAACCUUCAAGGUCUUCCCCUGAUACUAGCUUAAGGGAUGAUAGGGAUUCACCUAACAGUCCUUCUUAAUAGGACUUAUUAUCGAGUUUGUGAUAUUUUCAGGCCAAUUAUAUUUUUUCCAAAUUAUAUAGGCACUGGCGAUUCAUGAUUGGCCAGUUUUUAUACAGAUGUGGAUGUUGGAUAGUGAAAGGAUAUAUAUUUGGACAAUUUGCUACCACUUGGAACAGUUAUUCUCUUUGGAUUAGUUUAAUCCUUGAUGGUUGUACCUCAACUCUAUAUUGUUUGUAAAGUGUAUUGACCUUGAAAAAUGAAAAGAAUUGUAUAUAAACGCUUUAAAUAUGUAUAUAAAAAGUUGAAUUCUCCCCCCCAAGUUAUUCCAUAACAAUGUAAAGUGAAUUUGUAUAUAGUCCUACUAUAAUUUAUUAUGAAUCUAAUAGAACGAUUUAUUUAUAAUUUAGAAUUGUUUAUUUGAAAGAAUACAACAUAACACUAAUAAAAAAAAUUAUGUUAUCCGGAUUCAAAACCCAAACUAAUCGAUUAAUUGCUCUAAGUAUAUACUAUUCGUUGUACCUUUCCGAGAAAUGCUGGAAUGGAAUCUUCCACACACAUUCGAGGAUGUGUUUAAAAUGCAUCUUUCAACGAUGAAAUUAAGCAGCAUCAUUUAUAUCCUUGACGAUCUCAAUGGGAAGAUGAAAAAACCUAGUGUCGAAUGAAACGACCGGCCUUUUUCUAUGUUAUUAAUUGUACAAAAGUUUCUUCGACUGGCAUCGUUGUUAAUGACCGUGUCGAAGUUCCUUUAACUUAUUGUAAAUCUUUCAAUAAAAGUCUAUACUG